UCAUUUUUAGUUCUUCUGAAGAGAACGAACAUGAACGGGUGGGUAGGUGACAUUCAAUACUAUACUACAAUCUGAUAUGGCCUUUUACCGUAUACUACUAGUUUUUUUAAAGACGGUUUUUUGUAGCAUUUGUGCAGUUUCUUCGAUCGUGAGUGCCUAAUUUAACGGGUAGUUUUCUGGUUUGUUUGUGUGUGUGUUAAUUCGGCUUACCACGUCAGUUGAAUUUUUUCUUCUUAAAGUUCAAACUGGAUGGUGCAAAAUAAAAACAAACUGUCGGUUAUGUAGGUACUUUAGUGCUGGUGCAGCCUAUAGUGAAGGAAAUUGAGAAGGAUGCCAAUAAAAACCGGCCAGAAGCGAAUUCCACCAACACAAUCAAAUCAACAAUGAGGAUAGAACAUGUGGUUGAUAUACACGAGCGAUCACCAUCACUCAUUUAAAUUGAUUUUUCAACGGUAUAACGGACAAAUGAGAGACAGACGUAAAAAGCAAAAUGUUGAAGCAUAUUUCAAAUGGAGGUGUCGCAAGCCGAGGCUCCCGUCCAGAUAGCUCCAUAAUAAUGGAACUGAGGGAGCAACAGCCUCAAAGGUACAGAUCUCCAAACGCCAACAGUUCCAGGCUGUCCAUGCAGCAGUACCCCCUAAACGCGUCGCACCUCCACAACACCAACCUGGACAACUCCAAACACUCGAUCUACAGCAACACGGCGAUGCUACAGCCCGAAAUAAAACUGCUCAACGGAGGCCUGAACAUAUCCAGACCGGGAAACCAAAGUGCCGUGAACAAGUUUAUAUCGAAAACGAAGGAAGUCGGGGUGAAAGAGAUGCUGGUUAGCUUGGGACUGUUGUGUUUGGUUAGUCUGCUCUUGGCUCUGUUGUCUCUGAUUUUUUUGUUGAAAAUAUCCCCGGUUACUGCCAAUGAUAUUAGAGACCUGUUGAGGACUGAGCAUCUGACAGUCAUCACUGCUGAGGAGUAUGUGGUUGUUUAUGAAGUCACGCUCGCUUUGUGUGCCUUGACGUUAUCCCUGAAUUUGUGCUGCCUGUUGGUUUGCGCUAUACAGUUUCUGUUUGCUGUUAAAUUAGUUAAAAGUCCACAUGGUGGAAGGGACAGGACCAAUGAGUAUCUUCAGAAGUCUUCUGUUAGCAGAGUAUGCGCUGUAGGAGGGUUCUUCAUUUCUAUACCAGUAUUUCUUACAGGUAUUAUUCUUUACACCUUCAUUCAAUUCCACUCGACCCCAGCUAUAGUAACUAGCGUAUUCAUCGGUCUAGGUAUCAUCUUCUGUGGCUGUGCUAUGGUGCACAACGUUUUCAUUUGGCAAAGAGAAAAAACGAACGCUGUCAAAGAGAUGGCGUUGCAACACGAUACAACUCAGCUACACCACAACUCGUUCCAUAGCAUCGUUUCGCAACCGUUGCAGAAUAAUUUGAGCCAGAGCCACAUUAGUACGCUUAACCACAGUUUUGGCCAUCCGUUGGCCAGCAUACAUAGUAAUGGACCAUAUAUAAUACGUCCCUCGACAACUACACCCCCUAUAGGGGAGAAUUUGAAUAUUAGUAAACAUCCCAGGGAAGCUAGUGGGAGCGUUAGCCCUGGAAUGCCGGGAAAUGGUAUUGAUAUUAGUAGUGUUGCCACGACGAACAGUCCUCACGAAUUGUCUACUCUUGUAUAAAAAAUUCUGCACCGUCUUAAUUUUGCUCUGACUUGCCAAAUAUAAGUGUAAAUAUAGAAGAUAUUUUAGUUUAUUUUUGUGUAUGUAAUUUAAGUAUGUAUUUAAACAAAUAUUUAAAUUACACUUGUUAUUUUUUAAAUGUAUUAUAUUAUUUUUUAUUCACAAAAA